GAAAAUGCUUUAGUGUUCCCUAUAAGCCUAGCCCGCUACAACCAGUUAGCUUGUUGUGCGGUUAGCAGGGUAUCAGGUGGGGCUGCGGGAGCAUCCCGGUGGCUGGUGGGGUAAAAGCCUCCAGUACCGGUGCCUUCAGCUGUCCACCAGCAUAUUCCUGUGACGGUUUCAUCUGUAAAACACUCCCAACAAGAAAACAAAAAACAUUUGCAUGGCUUCAACUCGUCACCGUGUCCUGUUUGCCUUUAGGUUGCCAUGGAAACGGCCCUUUUUCGCCUUAAAAAAGGUCAAGCGUUCACACCUUUGGGAGGUGCAGUUGAAAUAUACAGAAUGUCUUCUAUUCGGGAUGGGUUCCCCGAUUAUUACUUGUGUCCUGAAAAACAUAAUGAUGUCGAUUCAUGUUGUCAUCGUUGAACCUUUCCUUGCCUGGUCGCAGGGUUAGAGGACUGGUCCACAAUCACAGGGCAACACAGAGAGACACACAGGAGGAGCACAGCCAUGCACACAACACUCACACCUCAGGACAACUUUGGAGUGAUCGAAAAGUCUUGUUUCUGGACCGUGAGAGGAACUCAUAGAUUCACAGGGUGAACAUGCAAACUGCGCGGAAAGACACCAGGCCAUGAUUUGAACCCAUCGCCUUCCUGCUGCAAGCCAGCAGUGCCACGAGCUGCACCACUGUGCAGCCAGUUGUUUUAUCUUCUGUAUUUAGUUUUACAAUUUGUAGUUAUUGACUUAAUUAGGUAUAUCGCCGUUGUUUGAAAUAAAAUUGAUUUAGUGGAUUUACUAAAGCACAAAAUGAGCUAAAUGAACAGUAGUCUUUGAGGAACAAUGAAAGUAAUUGGAUAUCAUCUAACUUUUCAUUUAAAUUCAGCAUUUUAAAAGUCAAUAGACCAUUAAACUGUAAUGUUCAAUAUUUACUAACCUUUAGAUGUGUAUUAGGCUGUAUGAGGACAAAACAGCCCAUGGAGUUCCUUUGCCAUAUGGAAAAGUGUUGAUGUUUUUUUCAAGCGUUAGUUCUUGUUUCAUUGUCUGAACACCAUCCACCUUUGUGUGCAUUGCUACAUCCAUCCAUCCUCCAUAAUUUACUUAAAACCUAAUCUCUGUAAAAAAAAAAAAAAAAAGGGAAAAAAAAGCCAGUGUCAUAAAUUGGAAACUUUUGUGUUUAUACUUAAAAAUUUGACAAAUAGAUGGAGAAUUCUGAAAUUUUGCAUCUGAAAAAUGAUCCUAAUUAUCGUUAGGUGUUUCAUGAUUUUAAUUUAUUCUCCUCUUUUUGUAAUGUCUUCAUUGUUCAUUUCAUUAGAUUUUGCCUCUUCAGUUUUGUGUGUCUGGUUUCAUCCUCAUUGUUUGUGCUUUGUACUUGUUUCCUUAGAUUGGUGUGUGUGGAAGGGUACGGUGGGGGGUUCUGUUGACUGCUUAUGUUAAUUACAGUUUUUUUUUUUUUCAUUUCAUCUAUGGUUUCUAUAUGGUCUCAUGAUCAAUAUUUUUUUUACUGUUUCCUAGGAACAAGGGGUGGCUCAACUUUUACAUCACUCUCCCCUAUUUGCAGAAACACGACAGAGUGAGAACUCCAGCAGCGAACUAUCUCUGACGUGUUUUUCUUCCGUAACCUUGUCAACAAGAAUUUAGGCAGUUAGGAGAAAGUAAAGAACUGCUGAAUGCAGUACAGACGCUUUGCACCUUGGAAAACGUUUGUCUUUUUUACAAAAUCCACUUAUAAAAGUUCUUCAGUUCAAGAAAAGCAAGCCUUGCGGGAGACGAUGGUGCCGAUUGUAGGUUUCACACUCCUUUGCUUCUGUUGCUGGGCAUCUUUCUACUUUGUCUUGUGCUUCCUAAAUGCACGUAGGAGCAACGAAUGGAACUGUCGCCUCGUCACGUUGGUGCACGGCAUGGUGGCGGUUUGCAUCACAGCUUACAUAGGGUAUGUGGAUGGACCCUGGCCAUUCAGUCAGCCAGGCACCAAGAACACCCCCUUACAAAUAAGUGCCUUGGUGAUCAGUCUGGGCUACUUCAUUUUUGACAUGGCCUGGUGCUUGUACUACCGCACUGAGGGACUUGUCAUGCUGGCCCACCACACCAUGACAAUUUUGGGAAUUAUAAUGACCCUGUGGCUGGGCGAGUCUGGAAUCGAAUCGUGCGCCGUUCUCUUCGGCAGCGAAAUCACCAACCCCCUCCUGCAGACGCGCUGGUUCCUCAAGCAGACGGGACGCUACGAGACUCCGCUCGGGGACGCUGUGGACGUCCUGUUUGUACUGCUGUUUGUCGUGAUGCGAAUCUUUGUGGGAGGUACAAUGCUGUACUGUGAGCUGAUCUCGCCGAGACCCUUAUUCCUCAUCAAGUGUGGAGGAGUGGCCAUGUACGCUCUGUCCUGGGCCUUCAUGGUGGACAUUGUUGGCUUUGUAAUACGGAGGUGCAAGAGAUGGCACCAGGAGAGAGACCAACGGCGGAGGGUUGCAGCAAAGAAGCAAUGACUGACAUUUCAGCCUCUGAACGUAAUCAGUUUACCUGACUUUAUAUCAGCUUUUCACUUCAGACACUCAGUGGAUUUUUUUCAAUCUAGUAGAAAAUGAUCUUUCUGCAUUGACAGAUUUAUUUCAAAAAAGUUUUUUUUUCAUGGGGUGGGGUUACGUAAAUGGAAUGCUAUGCCAUCUUUUUUGAAAAGUCUACCACGUGUGCAUUUAAAAAUAUAUAUUUUAGUUUAUAUGCUCCUGAUGAUUGUUAUUUCAAAGGUACAAACAUGUCUAUAACGAGGACUGAAAACCAAAGCACUUUUAUAAAAACACAUGUUGCUUUGAGCUGCUGUGAACUGUGGCCCAGUCAUUUGUGGUGGUGUUGUUCCAAAAAGGGAGUUUACAAUUCAGAAAGUGAGACAGUCAGACCUAGGGCUGGCUGUUGAACAGUUUUUGUCAGACAAAAAAAAAAAACAUUAAGACAGCUUUCUGUGCUUUCUUUCAGUUGUUUAUUGUUUUGUUUUGUUUGCUCUAAGAGAAGCACAGUGCUUAUUUGAAAACCCGAUACAGUUUGGGACAUUUUUUUUUCCACUUGCAUUGUGAAUGUGCUAAUAUGAUAGAUCUACACAAAAUCCUGCGACGUUGUACUUAAUUUCCUUUCUGUGACAGCUCAAAUGAUCCCAAAUUACUUAUUGACAUCUUACCUUUAUUUGUUGUAUUAAAGCCUCAUUUAAUUGUAAUACAGUAAAAAAAAAAAAAAAAAAAAAAAAAAAAAAAGCCCAGUGUAACUAGUUCAGAGACAAAGUAUUUGGUACUACCAGCAUUAUAUUUAAAUAACUGACUUUCGGCUGAGUGUCUGUGUGAUUGUUGCGAAAGUCUCUUCAGCCUUUGUUGACAGCAGAAGUUACCCUUAUUGCAAACUAUUUGUCUGAAUUUUGAUGUAUUUUUUUAAGGCACUUAUGCACUUUUUUUAACAUCCCUACUCUGUUUGCUGAAUCUUUGGAACAAACAAGCUCAAUCAGCCAAAAUGUUGGCGAUCAGUUUUGAGCUUACAGCAUUAAUACAUGCCAAGGAAGGUACCAAGCCAUCAGCUUUCGUGUUUGCUGACACAAUAUCUUUUGUCACGAAGAAUGUAAUCAUUUGUUUUUAAAGAGAAGAAAGUACAUAAGUUCUCUGUGCCUUAUCUAAAUGUACUCACUGCCCUUUGUACGUGUUAUGUUUUUCUUUUCUUGUGCUGUGACCUAAAUGCUACAACACUAGACUGUAAAGUGAAAACGUUGGCGAUGGAUUGAAUUGUCUUUGUAAUCCCGAUUGAAAUAAUAAUAACAAUAAAAACAAAAUCUUUGUGUA